CUUGGCUACGUGAUCCACAUUUGAAUACCUGGAGCAGCUCUGAUUUUUAUCUAUUAACGUGGAACUAGGCUGCUCGCGCUGAAUGCUGUGAAGUUGGGCAUUAACUAGGCAAAAUUCUACAAUUUUACAAAAGAGAAAAGAUCUUCUAAGGAGAGCUAGACAUACAAAGUGCCAACCAAGACUUAAUUGAGCGACCUCGCGAAGUUUACAAGCAAAAGAAAUUUGCGCUCUGAGUCAAAAGAAUUAGACCUCUAAAAUCGCGUAAAGAGUGCGAGCUGUCGAAACAGGAUUUUACCAAACAAAUUCUCUAGUUGCCCUUUCUUCAAGGAUGGUAAACGCGCAGUUCAAACGGAAUACAAUCAUAACGACGGAUCGGUUACUCAUACGUCCAUUGCAGUUAGAGGAUGCGGACCAUAUAUUUGGCAUGAGGUUCGAUCGCGAUGCAUACAAGUGGACCAUGGCAGGUCAAUGGCAUGAGAAAUCGCAAGCAUUAGACUGGGUUGAGAGCGCUCUUGCAUCUGACGAUAAUUACAACUUCGUCGUAGAACUGCUCGCGCACGACAUGUCCUCUGGUCUUCAAGAUUCGAACCCAUCGGAUGCGAACAAGACUGCGGAGCCUGUGGUCAUAGGCUCAAUGGGCAUUAUGCCGCACCAUCAGCUUGGGUACAUGUUUUACAAGGAUUAUUGGGGUAAAGGGUAUGCCUCCGAGGCUUUGAAUGCGUUUGUGUCGAAAGCGUUUGAGGAGCUCCCAGAGGUAGAGAAAUUGACAGCGAAGGUGGAUUCCGAGAAUUAUGGCAGUCUUGGGGUGAUGAGGAAAUGUGGAUUCACGGAGGUUGCGCGGGUGCCUUACGUGAAUGCUACCAUGGGUGAUAGGACGGAGGUGCAAUUCGAAAUCGGUAGAACGAAAUAAGAAUUUCUUAGACUCUGGACAGCUGGCAUCUGAAUCAUAAGGUUCAGCUACGUCGAAUCUGAAGUUUUUUUUCCUCGAAA